AUGACGUCUGUAUUGACUGUUCCGGAAACGGAACUUGGUGUGGGCCCCAAGAAAUGCUUCAGCUGGGAUGGAUACACAGUGAAUGAUACUGAGUCAAAUCCAAGUGAGGAUCUCCGUCAGGUUGCCGGUCAUUUGCCGACAUCAUGCACAAGCCAUGUUACGGCGUCGACAGCUGGUGUUCAUGCGACAUCCCAAGACGCCGGGAUUCCACAGAGUGUGACCAAGAGGCUCCUUGAGCUCCUGCCGGCCGACAGCCGUCGCUCCCUACGUCUGACUUGCAAGGCUUGGUCUCGAGAGAUCGACCGAGUGAUGCCUUUUUCUCGCCCCACUGCGAAUACCAUACCCGCAGAAAUCCUCCUUCAGAUAUUCUUACUGUUGAGCCCCCGCGAUUUCGACAACGCUCGACGAACAUGCUCCCAGUGGAUGCGGGUUAGUUUGAACGAGGCCCUCUUAGAGAGUAUGCUCAAGAGGGCAGGCUGGUGGGACUCGUGGCAGCGGGACUGUCGGAAUCGGCGUCCGAGCUCUAUCGGUGCCAGAGUGGAAAGCCUAGUUUGGAGAAUGAGCCGGCGUUUUGCCACUGAAUGCGUUCUGUCUGGUCGAAAAAUGAACGUGGAGAAGCCCGGUUUCUUGACAACCACCGUCGUUGACUUCUCCCAGCUUUCGCAAAAGGGUCCUGAAGAAACAAGUACUCCAUCCACUGUUGCGAUGCAAAUCGAUGGCACUAAUACCGACGCUCUGAAUAUGUCAAUGUUUCAUGUCAGCAAUUGCGGCAAUUACUUACUUGUGUCUUCUGCUUGCAAUAUCUAUGUCUACCGUCUCCUCACCAGGGUGGCCGGCAACUCUUUGUCUUCAUCUUUUGGGGGCCUACAAAACACAGACAUCGUUCCUGUUGCGACUAUUACCUGCCCUGUCGAGGUUGUAUCGGUUACUAUAGAUACGAGUUCCCCGACAUUUGUAGUAGCUGCAUUGUUGUGUGACAGACUGGGUUUAGUCUGCGACUUGGUCCCCUGUAUCUCCGACUCGGAUCCAACGGGUUCUCAUGGCUCUGCUACCCGCGGAGCAAAGCCUAUGAAGCUGGGCUCGGUACACUACUAUCAUGAUCUAGGGUGUGCAGAAGAUCCACCACGUAGUGUAUCAGUUUGCCCCGGUCGUCGAUGUGUGGCAUAUGGCUCUGGUGCUGGCAUCGAGCUACACUGGAUUGAUGAUAAAACCAAGCAGUCUUGCCGAAAGCACUUUCCAUUGUCACAACCAUCAGAGAUCUUACAUUUCCUACCCAACAGAGAUGCAACCUCGACAGAAGUACGACUCAUAUCCUCUCUGGCUGAAGCAGCUGGGUGCAAAUGCCACCCCCUGCAGAGCGGCAACGACUGGCCCACUUGCCCGUUCCAUCUCAUGACAGAUAUCCAAUCUUUUACGCAGCUGCCCCGGGGGGAAAGUGGCAAUCUCAGUCUCAUCAGGGCGACGCACUGCCAUCAUUAUCGGGCCAUUCCCGUCAAUGAUGGACUGCACAUGUUGUUCAUUGAGCCGCGCACGAAUUCGCUCUGUAUAGGGUCUGAUGCGCCUAUUGGGGGACCCACGAGCCUUACAAGAGCGCUCAUUUGUGUUCCGCCAUUCGGAAAGGACCCUUUGGAUGCGGCUAAGGGAGGGUCAGUUCCCUCUGUCUUUACGGCCGGCUCGGACUUGAGCUGGGGCCUGCGAGUCGUGGCCGCCUACGGAGACCGGCUUGUUCUGUACUCGGUGCCUCUGGAUGUCUUCAACGUGAUCCGAAAGGAGCGUGAGAGACAGGGGGACAACGUCAUGGGCGACAGCGAUCUAGCUCGGGACUGGUUUCUCGACAGCCAAAGGCCGCGAAAGCGACGGGAGAGCCUUGUUCCGAAUCAAAACGGUGACUGGGAAUUUUUGCUCAGUGUCAGCUACCGACCAACGGCUAUGAUGUGGCCGCUCAAGAUCUACGGGAAGGAGAUUGGACAGAUGGACAACGUGGUCGAAUUGGCGUUGCAGGCGUCCCAUGGAGGCGCUCGUGUGUGGGCAUUUUGCGCAUCAGGUGAAACAAGCAUCAUCGACGUGGAUACCUUCACGUCAAAUGCUCAACCAGUGGCGGGUAUUCCGUGCAAGUCGCUGUCCAUCGGUUCCGAUGGCCGAGUUGCCUCCACGCAGUUGAUUGCUCGAUCCGAAUCGGGGUCAUUAUCCACUCGGUCCUCGCAAAAGCGAAAGCCAGAGGAAUUCGGCGGUAAACACUUGACUGCUUGUCGACUACACCAGCACUUCCUAGAUAGAUACAACUUGACGGGCAUUUCUAGCUCGGCUCAAGCAGUCGCUGCCUCAGCCGCCGCGAGACGGCGUGCUUCGUUCGCCGCGUGUAUCGUGGAUUUCAAUAUCCCCGAAUUAAGCACGCGGAGAGACCAAUGGGAAGAUAGUGUUUCAUAG